CAAGCAUUGAAAAACAAAUUAAAGUCUUGUUACUACGAACAAAGCACCGGAAAGUAUUCAAAAUAAUUAUAUAUUAUUAUUUAAUAAAAUUCAGCAAUGGCCGAUGGAUUAAAUUUUACCAUGGGUCCAUUUCCCCCAGAUGCUAUAGAAUAUGCAAGUACCAUUACAGAGAGCUCUUCGGAAAUCGCUAUUCCAAGUGUCUUGAUAUCGAGUAUUAUGCUCUUGGGACAAAUAAUAUGGUUUAGACUGAACUCUAGGCUGGAAACUCUGGAGAAAGGUGAUUUGGAACCAAAAUCGAGGUGGGCAGCUGUUGUGAAAGGCAAUAUUAAACCAAAUUCUGUUUAAAUUGUCCAAGUUCUGAAGGACAAGUAAAUUAACGAGAAAAGCAGCAAAUUUAAUUAAAUUGAUUGGUGUAUUUCUCUAUUAAAUCUCAUCAAACUUGUAUUUAUCAAAAAGUUA